AUGGGGAAUCUCAAAAACAUUACGUGGCUCAACGGUAUCGACAGUCUAGGCCCCGACGACGUAAACAUUAUCCCAUUCGACGCCAUCACCACCGAGGUAAAAGAUGACUCCUUCUGCGGCUUACCCCUCAUUUCACCACCGCCAGUUUUGUCACUGGGAGAAUUCAAUCAGAUCUUCCCAAAGUCAGUCAACCUCACCUUGGACGCAUCAUCAAUACAACCAUAUUCUCCCCUCCAACUCAACCAGAACAUAUCACAGAAUGAGAUAUUUAGCCUAUCGUGCAUUGCACCAUCGGCCUUGAGACAGGCCGAAAAUCUGAAGACUACGCAAGAAUGCGUCUCCUCGGAUAUGAAAGCACAACCCAACGGCCCGAAUGCGAACAGAGAAAACUCCAUCGCUUCUAUCGAACCUACUAAGCCGAAGCCUGAACUGGUAAAUGGCAGCCUUGCCUCCAAUACCAAAUCAACCAUGCAACCAUCAAAACCAUUAAUGCCCCUAGCCCAUCAUGAACUGCUGCUCAAACGUAACCGACAAGCAGCGAAACGAUGCCGUCAAAAAAGAAAACUACAGAACCAGCAGGACGAAUCGACUCUGAAAAAGCAAGCCGCUAGGAACAAGGAACUGUUGGCUGGUACCAAUAGGCUACAAUACGAGUUGUUGGAUCUGCGACUUGAAAUCCUCAAGCAUUCACAGUGUGAGGGGUACAUCAAGCGGUACGUGGAGCAGAUGACGGGAAGGGUCCUUAGUGAGGAUACUGCAAGUGAUGUUCAGCAGGCAACUACUGUGGUUUCAGCAAAUAACAAAGAAAAAAGACUUGUAUCGUUGCCGGCAGCAAUGUCUCACUAUCCUGACAAAUCAGAAAAGGCAGAUUGA